AUGGUAUUUUCAGAUUUCAUUACAUUCUUUGAAAAGCUCACAAAGAAAAUCAACUGCCAGGAUGUUUACUACUGUCUUCCACAUGAAAGGUUGAGUGAAGGGUUAGGAGUAAUUCAGAAUGAAGGAGAUUACAGAGAGUUCCUUGAGGUUGGUAAUGGAAGCCAAGAAAAAAGAAUUAAUGUGUACAUUGAUCAGUACAAUGAACCCAUUUUCGAUUGGAUCGAGGAGGAGAAUCCUGAUGAAUAUGAUUCAGUUAUAGAUGAUGAAGACGAAGUUGAUGAUUCUACAUUUUCGGACGCGAUUUUACCUGACCAUGAAGAGGAUGAGGUGGUGUCAAGUAAGAAACCACUUGAUGAUUCAUUUCUUAAUGCCCUUUGUCCUAACAAGAAAUCAGAAGAUGGUUCCGACACAAAUGCAACAGACGAAGAAGUUGAUGUGAAACCAAUGUAUCCCGUCCAUGAUCCAAACCAAAAUUGGAAGAAGAUGGUUCCUAUGCUAGGAAGGGGAAUUACAAGUGGAAGGGGAAGUACAAGUGGAAGUGGAAGUGGACAUGUUGAAGCUCCUGUUCAAGCUCCUAAAGCUUCAAGAAUUGGAAAGAUGCAUGUGCGAAAGAGGAAAGUUUUAGAAAGUAUAACCGAGAUUGGUCUAAGUAAGAAUGUUGUCCCCAAAGGAGGGAUUGGUUGCAGUCAAAACAAGCCAGUAACUUUAGAAUGA